AUCUCAUAUUUAUUUACAACAAAGUGCAAGCAAAUAGGCGAAGCAAUUUUGUAGCUGUUUAAUGUAAAAAUAAAUAUUUGUGCCUGCCAAAAUGCUUCGCUACCGAGGCGUGAAACAGGCGCUAGAUGCCGUAUCUCAAUUGGAUGCAUUCCCUAAAGUGAAGGAAGAAUUUGUUCAGCCAACCAGAGUCGGUGGAACAUUGUCGCUCAUAAGCCGGUUGGUGAUCAUAUUUUUAAUCUACAAUGAAGUUUCAUAUUACCUAGACUCGCGAUUGAUUUUUAAAUUCGUCCCCGACACCGAUCUGCAAUCCAAGUUGAAAGUGCAUAUCGAUCUGACGGUUGCGAUGCCUUGCAAAUCGAUAGGAGCCGACAUUCUGGAUUCAACUAGCCAGAACGUAUUUUCGUUCGGUAUACUGCAGGAAGAAGACACUUGGUUUGAGCUGUGUCCGAGCCAACGGAUCCACUUCGAUUUCAUGCAGCACCACAAUUCCUACCUUCGCAACGAGUAUCACUCGGUUGCCGAGAUUUUGUACAAAUCGGACCACGCAGUUGUGUACAGCAUGCCCGAACGUGUGUAUAUUCCAGAGAGGCCCCAUGAUGCAUGCCGCAUACACGGUGUGCUAACGUUGAACAAGGUUGCUGGUAAUUUCCAUAUAACUGUAGGAAAAACGGUCCAUUUUUCACGUGGCCACAUUCAUCUGAAUAGCAUUUUCGCAAAUACGCCUACGAAUUUUUCUCACCGGAUCAAUCGAUUUAGCUUCGGAGAGCAUACUGCCGGUAUCAUACAUCCACUUGAGGGAGAUGAAAAGAUUUACAACAACGGUAAGUGUUCGUAUUUGAUGGUUAAAAUUAGAACUGAUUUUUUUUUUAAUUCAUCAGGUCAAGUAAUGAUGCAGUAUUUCAUCGAAGUCGUUCCUACCGAUGUGGAAAAGUUUUACUCACAUUCCAAAACCUACCAGUACACGGUGCGGGAGAAUUUGCAGCACAUUGAUAUCGAUAAGGGAAUGCAAGCGGUUGCCGGUAUCUACUUCAAGUACGACAUGUCUGCUCUGCGAGUAAUCGUCCGGCAGGAUCGGGACGGCAUUGCCCAGUUCAUCGUACGGCUGUCGUCGAUCAUUGCCGGCAUUGUCGUAAUAUCUGGAUUCCUCAGCAAGUGUAUGCAUCUGAUCGGCGAUCUGUGUUGUCCGCGAAGCCAUGACCGAUUACCGACCGAAACUGCCACGCCGAAGCCCUGUAAGGAGCAAAACCUAACGAAAGGUGCAAUCGUUAUCAGUUGACGAGCAUAUUUGCAUGCCACCCGCCCCAUCGGCAAAAGUGGCUCAUAGGCUUGCUGUUUUGAUUAGCGAAAGUGUAUCAAGAUCUGAAACGAAUAAAACGAUUUAAGUGAUAAU